AUGUUCAACUUUUUUGGAAAGAAGAAGACCGAGCCAACCACGGUGUCGUCAACACCGACGACAACCACCACAGACUCUCAGACAACCAUUGUGAAGCUUCGAACAGCAAUCAAGACACAAGAAAAGAGAGAAGAGCACAUUCUAAAAAAGGUGGAAGCCCAAGUGGCAGAAGCCAAGGCUAAAAUGGCCAAGGGCGAUAAAAAGGGAGCUCUGUUUGCCAUGAAGCGAAAGAAGAUGUAUGAGGCAGAAGCAGACAAGAUUCAAAAUGUCAAAAUGACAUUGGAGACCCAAGCAAUCAACCUGGAAAGUGCGGCACAAAAUGCUGCCACAUUUGAUGCCAUGAGAUCCGGUACCAAUACCAUGAAGAAAAUCCGUAAUGACGUGGGAAUAGAAAAGGUCGAUGACAUUAUGGAUGAAAUGAAGGAAGAAAUGGAAAUGGCCGAAGAAGUCAACAAUGCCAUUGCCCAACCGGUGGAUGGUCUCAUGGCAGACGAAGACGAAUUGUUGGCAGAAUUGGAGGGUUUAGAGACGGCCGAUUUGGAAGCCGAAUUGUUGGCACCGCCCAAACCAGUCGAAGAUUUGGGGCUUCCAUCUGUCCCGGCUUCCAAACUGCCCCAACCCAAACUCGCCAACGACGAAGCAGACGAACUCAAAAAGUUGGAAGCCGAAUUGGCGGGUCUAUAACAGUUUGUUGGAACCAACAACACCAUCCACAAUUCACAAAACAAAUCGCUUUUCCUUCGAGCCAUUGGUAGCAAAUAUUAUCCUUACAUAGCGCACUAAAACUUUGGCCAACAUACCACCGCGACAGUUUCCUCUUUUGGGGACGAUGUGCCACCUACCAAA